GUUCUCUUUCUCAGUAUCGCUGUUUACCCCAUGGUCGCUUAGGGCGUGCAGUGCUCGUGUUUAAGGUUUUUGUCGACAAACAACAAUAGUAGUAAAAAAUAGAUCAGACAAAUAGUGCUGCUUAACAGCAGAAAUCAGUGGCUAAAUUUAUUGGUAUUAAAUUAAAUCGUUCUUUUUUUUGGGUGGUAACAUAAAGUGGAAGUUCGUCAGAGCGUGUCGGCGACGCGAGCUGUAAGGUGAAUGUCCGUGAUAGCAGUGUUGUGUGCACGAAUCGAAGAAUGUUCCAGUAAUGUGAAAAGUGAUGCGUACGAAUACUAAAAUUCGAAUACUGAAUAUUUUCUUAUAUUUAGUUGCUGCAAUUGAGUUGGGAAUCGUCUUUUUUCCACGUCUUCGCAACACAUAGCUUUUGUUAUUAUUUUGCCGCGGUGCUUUUGACCCUAAAGUGGACGAGUUCAUUGCGCAGUUAUCAGAGGGGUGUCCAGUGUGUUUUUAUAUAUCUGUUCUGCAGUGGCGCUAGCGAUACUUACAUUCUGCACCAAUAUCUUAAAGCAUUCAUCUAAUUCCUCGAGAUCGUCUGUUUUUCGUUUGUGACUAGAAAUCGCUCAGAAAUGUCCCGUUAUUAAAGAAAAGCCGCUUUUACCGUCGACGUUGGUAUUCAUUACCUAAUUCGGAAAAGAAAAAUAGAGUACAAGAGAGAGAAUAGUGAGGUCGUAAGAAGUGGACGCGUUGUGGAACACGUGAUCUUCGUUGUCAAACCACAUAGUUACGACCGUAUGCACCGCUGUUCAAUGGUCAUAACCUGAUUCCUUUGCCGUCAUUCUUGUCGUUGUCAUUGACAUUUGCAACUAAAUAAUCCAAUUACUUUUUGUCAACAUGUGUAACUGAUACAAUUGACAACACAAAUUCACCAAAUAAUCUACAAUAUUAACGACAAUAACCAAUUUUCUUACAAGUUGCUUUAUUUCAUAUACGCAACUCCAAAAAUGUCGAUUGGACAGUCGAUAAAUUUUAAAGUUAAAUAAUCAUUUAUGUAUUUAGAUACAACAAGAUGAUUGUGGCUUUUGUUUCGAUGAAAAAUGAAGCUUACACGUGCCUAGCGACUGCGUUCAAAAUGUAGGACACCUCCUUCUGAUUACCGCCCAUUUCGUUGAUCGUUGGAACGUCAAAUUUUUUUUAGCUCAAAAUCAAAUAAUUAAAUGAAUUUCAGUAGAUCUAAAGACUGAAAAGUGGCAGCAUUCUAUAAAGAAAUAUGUGAAAGAAAGAAAGAGAAGAAAAGCACUAAGUAAAUAUAUAUUUAAGAAUUCAACGAAACCUGCAGCUAAAAUUUCUCAACGACGAAGGUCGUUGGUCGAUAUAUUAUCGUCAUCGCUCCUCGUCUUGAUGGUUAAUUGAUGAUUCAGUAUUCAUUUCUAUCUUAUUGUUCUAAGUGAAAUUUUCAAGUGUGUUUUUUCAACGACCGACAUAAUCAGUUCAAUAAAACGUUUUCUUUUCAAGGAUAUGAAUAAUUGUUGUCUUCAUCAAGAUUUUUUAAACAGUAGACUCUACUUUCAUGGGAGUAUAGCCUCUAUUAUAUGCACUUCUCUACGUGUGUAGACAGAACUUAUAACAAAAGGAGAAUUACUAUGACAUACAGAAGAAGAUAUGAGAAGUACUUGAAAACGCCAAAUUGAUAUAAAGUAAUCAAAGACUACCGUCUUUGUUGACGCCUAAAAAAGCAGCUUAUCUAUGUAAAAAAAAGUACGGUUUCGUAUGCAAACUAAGAAAAGUGUUCUUUUCUGGACGGGAGAGGAGGAACGAGGAAACCGAAUACAAUUACAUAGUUACAAAUUUUUUAAAAGUGAUAAAUCGAAAUUGAUAUAUAGUGAUAUAAAGCGUUUAAACUGUUUGAUCGUAAAAAUAAACAAGUGGUAUUAAGGGUCCACGUGCCCCAUGUUAUGAACUGUCGAGGACUGCCCUAGGCAGGUGGGGGGACUGUGGGAUGGAGUAUGGCGGUAGUCGAGGGGGUGUACAACCUCCCCCUGUAAGUGCAAGAAGUAUGGCUGGAUCGGAUACUACUGAUGCUGCCUGGCUCAAACAUGAACAAUUGAAGCUCAUGGAAUCGAGGCAUAAACAGCAAUUGAGCAGUGUGAGGACGGCUACAGGGGGUGCACCUCUUUACGGUCGCCUAGUUGCUGAAGAACCUCUACCGGCAGCAGUUUGCGGGGGUGGAGUUGGCAGUGGCGUAGGUUCCGGCGGGGUUCCUCAAGAAACCCCUGCUGAUAUCCAUGCUAUGCAAGCUCGAAUACCCCAUAGGUUUCGAGAUCCCAGUACAGCUCCACUACGAAAAUUAAGCGUUGAUCUUAUCAAGACUUAUAAACACAUCAACGAAGUAUAUUAUGCCAAAAAGAAGAGAAGAGCACAGCAGAUACAAGGCGAGGAUGGGUCUCAUAAAAAGGAGAGAAAACUGUACAAUGAUGGGUGGGAUGAUGAUAAUCAUGAUUAUAUUAUCAAAAAUGGGGAAAAGUUCCUCGAUCGGUAUGAAAUCGAUUCUUUAAUAGGUAAAGGCAGUUUUGGUCAAGUAGUCAAGGCAUUUGAUCACGAGGAACAAACACAAGUGGCAAUAAAAAUUAUUAAAAACAAAAAACCUUUCCUAAAUCAAGCCCAAAUCGAAGUUAGGUUGCUUGAAAUGAUGAAUAAAGCGGAUACUGAUAACAAGUAUUAUAUAGUUAAACUCAAAAGGCAUUUUAUGUGGCGAAAUCAUUUAUGUUUGGUAUUUGAGCUACUGUCUUAUAAUCUUUAUGAUUUACUUAGAAACACAAAUUUUCGAGGUGUUUCAUUGAAUUUAACAAGAAAAUUUGCCCAACAAUUGUGUACUGCUCUUUUGUUUUUAUCUACGCCGGAAUUGAACAUCAUUCACUGUGAUCUAAAACCCGAAAAUAUUCUCUUGUGCAAUCCCAAACGUAGUGCGAUUAAAAUAGUAGAUUUUGGCAGUUCAUGUCAAUUGGGACAGAGGAUAUACCAAUACAUACAGUCUAGGUUUUAUCGAUCACCAGAAGUGUUACUAGGAAUACCAUAUGAUCUCGCUAUAGACAUGUGGAGCUUAGGAUGUAUUUUAGUAGAAAUGCAUACGGGAGAACCACUAUUUAGUGGUUCCAAUGAGGUGGAUCAAAUGAAUAAGAUUGUAGAAGUAUUGGGUAUGCCACCAAAGCACAUAUUGGACCAAGCGCAUAAGGCGCGAAAAUACUUUGACAAAGUUCCCACGGACGGCUCGUAUAUAUUGAAAAAGUCUAAGGACGGAAAAAAGUAUAAGCAACCUGGUACUAGGCGGUUACAAGAUAUCUUAGGAGUUGAAAGCGGUGGUCCUGGAGGAAGAAGAUUAGGAGAACCUGGACAUUCGAUAUCUGAUUAUCUCAAGUUCAAAGAUCUUAUCUUAAGAAUGUUGGAUUUUGAUCCGAAAACAAGAGUAACGCCUUACUAUGCGCUUCAACAUAACUUUUUCAAAAGAACAGCGGAUGAAGGGACCAACACAAAUAUCGCCGCAGCAAAUAGUGCAAAUACCAGUCCUGCAGUUGUGUUAAUGAAUCAGGAUCAUGGACUGGUAUCGGUAUCCGGACAAGGACAAGGAAGUAGCAGUUUAAUGCCAGUACAGCCAAGCGUUCCUGGCGGCUAUCAACCAAUGGAGUGUGAUUCUUCGCCUCGUCACUCCUGCAGCAGACGUGCCAUCAUCACCAAUUACCCGUCUACUUCAGUCGCUGGUACAACGGCAUCAGCUCCAACGUCUAUGCAAUCCGUGGAUAGCUCUCUAUUGCAAAACUCCCUUGGCUCAUACAACAGUCUCAUUCUCCCUGGCAUUUCUCACCUCCCAGCAAUGAUGACUUCUCCAAUGAUCCAACAGCAAAAUUUUUACAAUUAUGGUUAUCCUAGCACGGACGCUCAUACGAUGGCCCGACAGCCAUCGACAGUCACUGCCGGAAAACAAAGAGACUCUGAAAGAGAGGACAGUCCAAUGGUCGGGGUCUGCGUUCAACAGAGCCCUGUUGCCAUUCACUGAUCUACAGUAAUGAAGGACAAGUGUAUACUUUAGCGUCAUCAGCUACGAUCAAAUAUGCUUCAAUUGUUAUCGCCUCACUGUCGAAUGGAAAACGCCAAAGAUUAAGGCCAUCGGUGCAUCGAAAAUGUUUAAGUGAGAGGAAAGAAAAAGAUGGCGAUUAAAAUGAUGAUGACGAUGACGGCGACGACGAUGAAGAUAGUGGUGGUGGUGGUGAUGAUGAUGAUGAUGAUGAUGAUGAUGAUAAUAAUAAUAAUAAUAAUAAUAAUAAUAAACAGGUCAAUGAUAAGGACACCGAAUAAUUUUGGAGAAGCAUCUUUGACAAAUUAAGGACAGUAUGAAGCAUGCAAUGAGAAAGAAAACUACAUCGGAAUACUUUUUUAUAUUUUGCAAGUAAGUGCAGAAAAAUAGGAUUAUUCAAUUUUUAAGCGAGAAUAUGUCAUUCAUGGCCUAGUAAGGAUGAACCGAACUGGCCAGGGAAAGUCCUAUCAGAUUAAAAUAAUAUUGAAUUUAGUCGAUCCACGCUUAAUAAAGACUCGAUGCGAUCUGAGUGGCCUAGAGAGCAAACAAAGUGAUAAAAAUAUUACUAAUCGUAAAAAAUCGGUGACGAUGUACAGCAGAGUCUCGCAAACUGACCGACUUUGAAAUUUAGUGAGUGUCUCGCUCUCGUUUUUCAUUUCCUUAACCAAGGCAGUGUCCUCAAUAGGUGUUUUUAUGAACUACUGUCGUGUAAGUAACCCAUUAGUAGCGUGAUAUUGGCAACUGAUGUUUUUGUUUUACAGUGUAUGACUCCAAUUGGCAACAUGACGCUUUACUAACGUGUUACCCUUCAGUCGUUCAGAAAACGAGUGUUACCAGAGUUGACCCACUGUGCAAGGGGAUGUUUCCCCCUAUUAAUUUCGUAUCCGUAGGACUGAACAAUUUGCGAGACUCUACUGUAAUCAUGCCCUCUGGUGAGAGUUUUAUACGAUAUGUGACAAAUGACGCGAGUAUAUGAUGAAAUCGGUCGAAUGAUAGCAAUUUGUACAAUAUAAUUAGAUGAAUGACCAGAGUGCAGAUUUAAGUCCUAGCUUUUAAGUAUGGAAGAAGAUAAGAGAGAAUAUGUAAACUUGAGUUUUGUUUAAUGCGAAACACCGGUGUCGUGUACAAACUUGCUUUGUUACUCACAAGACUUUGAACAAACAACGUUUGCGCGGCUUGAUACAUAUUUAUAAAAAUAAACAGAAAGCAUCGAUAAAAAAAAAGAAAAAAAAAAAAAAAAGUUGAAAAAUAUAUGUGUAAGGUCAAUCAAGAAUGAUGUAGUCAUUAACAAACGGGAUAGGUAUUUUAUGAUUUAUCUACCUAUAUUCCCAAUAAAACGUUAUUGAUUUUUGCCGUUUA